CUGACUACUAACAACGAAGACAAAGUUGUCACACUGGCCAAUUGCAACCUGCUCGUUGAGAAUUUUUAUCAGCGGUUUCUCGUCCACGAAAACGGAUCGAGGCGUUUGCGGUCACAAUAUCGCGACAUUAAUGUCGCGGCUUGACAAGAGAAGGGAGAGGCCGAGUUUGGGGAGAAGGUGAAAGUGAGAACCGUCCACGGACAUAACCUAAGAAUAAACUGUAUGCACAGCUAUCGCAGAUUUCGUGGAAUUCACAGCGGCACGAUACUGCUUUUAGCAAAUUCAUUGACAUGAUCGUUCCAAAGUGUUGCCCUUUCGAUAAAUGACUUAUGAGAAACGGAGGUAAGGACGGAAAAACAUGGAGAUUUGCAACGAAGUGGGCGACCGGACCUUGUCUGACACCACGGUCACCACCACGCGAAGAAGUUGGUCCGAUUUGAGAGGUGUUGUCAGUGAUCUACGGAGAAAAUUAUCCGGAGUAUCGGUUGGAUCUGUUCCUGGAUCUAUCACGUUUCGAUCUCUACCAGAUGGACGGACCAGAAUAUAUUUUCUUAGUAGCCCUAGCAAUGGAUGGGAAACUACAUUACUCUAUGUGGACAUUGCACAUUCGGAUCAUGCUAAUGGCUACCGUCUACACUGGCAACCUGUUAUAGAAGCCAAUUUUCAAACAGUAUCCAGUACCAAACGAUUAUCCAGAGAAGAACAGCUGCUAUGGGAAAGAAAAAGACUAGCUACGUGGGGUAUCACUAGCUAUGAGAUUCAUUUGGACAGUGGGAAAUUAGUUUUUCCAGCUGCAAGCAGCCUUUAUCAAUGUAUAGACACAGGGUUUAUGGCUGGACCUCUUUUUCCAUCUGAAAUUCGGACAUCGACAUCAGGCGCGAAAUUAUGUCCGCAAAUUUGUCCAUGGAAUAAUGCGUUAAUUGCUCAUACAUGCUCGGGCGAUUUGUAUCUGUCUCAUAGUAUAACAGGUUCUUCCGUAAGAUUAACACACGCGAGAAAUGGCGGCAGAAGUUUAGCAGACGAUCCUCUCACUGCUGGCACUCCUUCUUAUGUGAUGCAAGAAGAGUUUACUAGGUAUAGUGGCUAUUGGUGGCAGCCAAAAUCCAGCGACGGUAUUUAUAGAAUAGUGUACGAAGAAGUCGAUGAGAGUGAUGUAAAUAUAUUUUGUUUUCCGUCAACAUCAAAUUUUGAAGAAAUAGAUGAAUUCAGGUUUCCUAGAGCUGGUACUCCCAACGCUAAGAGUAAUCUUAAGAUGGUACAAUUUCGAUUAACAGAAACGUUAGAAAUUGUUGACAUUGAAAUAUUAGAACUUCAAUAUCCAUUGCAUAUUAUGUUCCCAUGGAUGGAAUAUAUGGUAAGAGCAGGAUGGACUCCCGAUGCGCAAUACGUUUGGGUCCAGUUGUUGGACAGAAAGCAGCAAAAGCUCGAGUUAGGUUUAUUAUCGAUAGAUAAUUUUUCCGAACCACCGUCGAACGUUUACAAUUCGGAAAAUCAUUUUACUCCCUCCUCGGCGAGUGUUCAAGUGAUAUAUUCCGAACAGAGUUCAAUUUGGAUAAACGUAAAUGAUCUCCUCUAUUUUUUGCCAUCCGAUGACCCAACAGAAGUUAAAUUUCUAUGGGGUAGCGAAGAAUCGAAUUAUAGACAUCUGUAUCUGAUUACAUCUAGUAUAGCUGGUUUAAAUAACGAAGUGGAAGAGCCUUUGGAUAAAAUGGAUAGUAUUUUUUUGCAACCUCGAGUUACUUCUAAAGUUGCUUUGACCCAAGGAGAUUGGGAAGUGUUGGGUAAAAGAUUGUGGGUGGACGAGGUGAACUCCAUUGUUUAUUUCUGUGGUUUACGUGAGGGUCCAUUGGAGCAGCAUGUUUAUGCUGUAUCUCUUCGUCGGCCAUUAGAAAUAAGAUUACUCACAAGACCGGGCUACAGUCACAAUAGUAUAUAUUUUAAUAAGGAAUGCACAAUGCUAGUGACUGUUUAUAGCUCCAUCAAAACGUUACCUACUUGUCAAGUAUUUAAAAUAUCGCAAUCAGAUUGGACCGUAGAAAGUAUAUCUUUAACACCUGUGGGUUAUUUGUUAGAACCAUCCGCCCCUGAAUCCGAAUUAUUUGCCCCGGAAAUUUAUACUCAUAAAAUAUCAUCUGGCGAAGCUGUUUACUCAAUGAUCUUUAAACCCCAUAAUUUUCACACCGGUGUCAAAUAUCCGACGAUAUUAAAUGUGUACGGUGGUCCUGAAGUACAAUUAGUAUCGAACACGUUUAAAGGAAUGAGGCAUUUAAGAAUGCACAUGUUGGCUGCUCAAGGAUAUUGUGUCAUAUUAAUCGAUUCUCGCGGUUCACAUCACAGAGGCUUAACAUUUGAAAGCUAUUUGCAACAUAGAAUGGGAACUGUCGAGUUGAAUGAUCAAGUCGAAGUACUAAAGUGGUUAGCAGAAACUACCGGUUACAUUGAUUUAAAUCGUGUAGCGAUUCAUGGAUGGUCAUACGGGGGGUAUUUAAGUCUUAUGGGCCUAAUACAGUGCCCAGAAAUAUUUAAGUUAGCGAUCGCCGGUGCACCUGUUACUUCCUGGAAUUUUUACGACACUGGAUACACCGAACGAUACAUGGAUUUGCCCCAAGAUAAUCCUCACGGAUAUAUGGCUGGUUCAAUUUUAACAUACGUAGAUAAGUUUCCCGAUGAAGAGAACAGGCUAUUGAUCAUUCAUGGACUUAUCGAUGAAAAUGUACACUUUUUCCAUACCAGUCAAUUGAUCAAUGCCCUCGUCAAAUCUGGGAAACCAUAUCAACUACAAGUUUACCCUAAUGAAAGACAUAGUCUCAGAAGUCUGGAUGCUAGUAAACAUUACGAAACUACGCUGCUAUCAUUCUUACAAAAUCAUUUAUAAGUUCAUUACUAUUAUUAUAGUAUAUACAGUU